UUGUUGUCGUCCGGUGCCGGGGGAGGCGGGCGGUCGGUCGCUGGCUGCGCGCUCGCUCGCUCGUUCGCCCGCCCGGGGUCGCGAAGGUCUCGCUCAGCCGCUCGCUGCGUCCCGAGCGCUCGGGGACAUGUCGAGGUGGGCGGGGGCCCGGCGGGCCGGCGCGAGACGGCGGACGGCGGCCGAGGCCCGCGGGCCCUCCUCGAGCUUUCCCCGGAGACGCCUCCCCUUACGGGCGCCCCGAGCCUGAAGGAGCCGCCGCCGCGAGAAGGCCCCGCCGGCACCGAGACCGGGAGGCGCCGGAUACGCACACGUCGCUGCCGCUGCUGCACGGGGAAUCGCUGCCGAGCCGGACGCAGAGACAAUGAAGCUGCUGGAGAACUCAAGUUUCGAAGCAAUAAACUCCCAGCUGACGGUGGAGACCGGAGAUGCUCACAUCAUCGGCAGGAUCGAGAGCUACUCCUGCAAGAUGGCCGGCGACGACAAGCACAUGUUCAAGCAGUUCUGCCAGGAGGGCCAGCCCCACGUGCUGGAGGCGCUGUCGCCCCCGCAGACCACGGGGAUCAGCCCCAGCAGGUACGGCGGGACCGCGGCGGGGCCUCUGCCUGCGGGCAGGGGUCGGGGUUCGUCGGCGUGGGCCGCGCCGUGCCGGUGACGCCGCUGACCUCGCCGUUCCGUGCCUCAGGCUCAGCAAAAGUCAGAGUGGCGACGAGGAGGGACCCCUGAGCGACAAGUGCAGCCGCAAGACCCUCUUCUACCUGAUAGCAACGCUCAACGAGUCCUUCCGCCCCGACUACGACUUCAGCGCUGCCAAGAGCCACGAGUUCAGCCGGGAGCCCAGCCUCAACUGGGUGGUGAAUGCUGUCAACUGCAGCCUCUUCUCUGCAGUUCGUGAGGAUUUCAACGCCCUGAAGCCGCACCUGUGGGAUGCUGUGGAUGAGGAGAUCUGCCUUUCGGAGUGUGACAUCUACAGCUACAACCCAGACCUGGAUUCAGACCCCUUUGGAGAAGAUGGGAGCCUCUGGUCCUUCAACUACUUCUUUUACAACAAGAGGCUGAAGAGGAUUGUCUUUUUUACCUGUCGUUCCAUCAGCGGGUACGCGUACACACGCCCGGAGGCUGGAAACGAGCUGGAUAUGGAUCUCGGGGAGGAGGACACGGAGGGGAGCAGGGAUGGCCACGACGCCGAGAGCGGCAGCAUCGAGGAGGACAGGUUGCAAGUUAUCUGCAUGUGAGUGCCCAGAGCUGCUCCAAGGUGCCUCUGGCCCUGCCUCAUCCCACCCGCGCCCGGCGGCCCCCAGCUCCCCGCCCUGCCCCGCGCUGCAGCGUCGCCCUGCCCACCGUACACUGGAGUGCCCAGGCACCUCGGAGCACAAGGAACUGAAAGCAGCUGCGGCUUCCUGGCCGAAGGCACGUCCUCGCUCCGGGUGCUGCCGGCCGACGUCCCCUCGGGGUCUCUGGACAGCCGUGCGGGGCUCCGAGAAGCUUUGCUGCACUUUAUCGCUGAUCUCAUUGGCUGCACUGACCUGCAAACUCCUCGUGGCUCUGAAGCCGGGCUGGACUUUCCUCGAGCACUUUUUUUCUUCACUGAUUGUGAUGCAGCGAGCGCCGUCCGUCCCCAGCACCAGCAGCAGCGGAGGGGGCAGGCAGAGCCUCCUCCUGCAGAGCUCGGUGAACUGUCCUCAGCUCCUUCCCCAAGGAAGCGUCCAUUCGUUUCAAAGAGGUUUGCUUUGCUCUUGCCCUCACGUAGCGUUUUUCUGCGUUUUGUUUUUCGUUUUUUAAUCCUUGCUGGGAGGUGCCAGCUUCCUGCGCUGGUCCUGAGCGACUGCGCCCUGCAGACAGCUCCCACGAUGCCGCCCCGCGGGUGAAAGCUGGACUGGGCCGCCUCAUCCCGCACCUCUCAUGGUUUCGGCUGUUUGUGUUUUACACCACAGAUGGCUUUUAGUGGUGGUGGAGCUGGAGCAGGGCCAGAGCCCCGUGCUGGCAGCGGCCUCGGUGCUGGGGCCGCAGAGUUUAUUUUUGUACUUGGGGCACGCGGCGGGAGCGGCACGCUGCGGCCUCCUGCUCGCGCUUCUGCAGCCUCACAUCCGCCCCCUUUUCUCCCAGCCCCUCAGCCCUGCGGGGGCUCCCAGCAUUUUGGGGGCCUCGCAGCCCACCCCCGGUGUCUGGCAGGGGGAAGCCGUCUCACCCUGCCCCAGGAGCUGAGCACAGCGAGGGGCUGGCGGGGCGGUGGGAGCGGGGAGGCAGGCAGGGAUGGGCACCGUGCUGAGCGUGCAGCUGCGGGGCCUCGCUGUGACGCUGGGCGCUGGUUUUUGAGCCAGAGCUCGGUCCUUCCUCCGGCGCUCGGCCCCCGCUGCUGCCCCGGGGUGGUUUGCCUUCAUCUGCGGCCAGGCGCGCUGCCCGCCCUUCCCACCGCAGCUCAGGAUGGAAAACUGGCAGGAGGUGAGGAGGGGGAGCUGGCUGUGGGGCGGCCACGGGACCCCCUCCCUGCAUGCCCAUGGACUCCCAGCACGGCCCCUGCCGCGGGGGUGCAGGACUUGGCCCCGUCCCCCCCUCUUCCAUCGUUCGCCCCUCUGCGCACGCUGCUGCAGCUGCCUUCCCAGUCUCACCCCAUCAGGGAAAUCUGACUUUACAGCAUAGCAAUGUAUCAUUACACCAAUAAAGUUUUUCUGUGUUUCACCAC